CGACAAUUGUUAAGCAUUCGCACAUUUUUUAUUAAAUUUGGAGACAUGGGUGUACCUGAAGCAAGCGAGUUCUAUCCAGCAAGAUUCCUUGUAGAAAGCGAUCACCCAGAAGAUUCUUCAACCCCUCCAGACCUACUCAUCCUAAACCAACCAAUUGCCCAUUUCGCGGCCUUCUCACGACUCUGGAAACACUCAAAAUAUCGGAUAUGCGCCGAUGGAGGUGCUAAUAGGCUAUUUGACAUGUUUCAGGGGGACUUGGCAAAACAACGAGCACAGUUUCUACCCAAUUCUGUACAUGGAGAUCUUGAUUCACUGCGCGACGAUGUGCGUGAGUACUAUACCGCACAUGGAGUCGAGGUGUCGCAAGAUCAUGACCAGGAAAGCACGGAUUUUGGCAAGUGCAUGCAGAAGAUUUCUUCAAGAGUAUCUUCCACAGAUCUGCAAGACGUGCUAAUUCUUGGAACCUUGGGAGGAAGAGUCGAUCAAGGCCUAGGGCUUUUGCACGAAAUGGUCAGAGAAGAGACGAAGCAUUCCAAUCUAAGGCUGUGGCUCUUCUCCGAAUCUAGCCUUUCUUUCAUUCUCAAGAGUGAAAGGAGUGUGAUAAGGGGGCUUCAAAGCAGUGGAGUCUUUACGGAAAAUGUUGGCUUUGUUCCAAUUUAUGGGCCCGCGGUGAUCACGACUGCUGGGCUGGAGUGGGAUGUCAAAGAUUGGAAUACGCAGAUGGGUGGGCGGGUGAGCACAAGCAAUCAUGUGCGAGCGGAUGAGAUCUGGGUUGAGACGAACGCGCCAAUUUUGUUUACGAUUGAAAGAGCACGCUUGCAAGAAAUAGAAAGGAUGUGAGGUCACUUACCGGAGUCCUUAUUGCGCGACUUGCUUGUAUGUGCACGUCUCUUACUGGGGCCCGCAGCUUCUAGAUAAGAGAGUUGCGUCUCUGGGCAGCACGUUCUUCCCAGAGCCAACCAGGACGCUCUCGCCCGUUGUACAGCCGACGCGCCACGAUGAUGCACCAAGAUUUACAGGCGCUAAGAGACAAAUCGUUGCUCGCAAUUUGACAAUCUGGGCGCCGAGACACGUUCAAAGAGACAAGCACAAGGGUUGGGAUUGUAUGAACAAGACAGUGUUAGUACAUAUGAUACAGAGGCAUGUAAAAAUUCAAGAAGACUUUCCACGGCGAUG